AUGUUGGAGAGACUGUUCACGGCUAAGAGCUUUGAUCCAGAACAUGUACUUGUUAGUAAAUUCGACGGGGAUAAGCCACUAUGCACACCUGAUGCGACCCAAAGAGAUCAGCUUCUAGCAUGGGUGGAAGGAAUUAAGAGCCAACAGCUGCCAGCCUGGCUUGGCCUUCCAAAUAAUGCUGAAAAGGUGCUGCUAACAUUAAGAGGUGAGGGUAUGCUGAGGAAUCUCCUGAAGGUGUCAGAUGACGAAUUAGCUUUCACUGGAGACGGUGAGAAGGAAGCGAAACCUCAGUGGAUGGCUCAAAUUGGAGAACUUGCUCAGCAAUGGUUGAAGUUGUUGCCAAAGGAUAUUAAUCGAAUGAGACGUACCGUAGACAAUAUCAAAGAUCCUUUGUUCCGAUUCUUUGAACGUGAAAUCAACCUUGGAGCACAACUUCUACGCGAUAUUCGUCACGAUCUGGAAGAGAUCUUGUCCGUUUGCCGCGCAGAACGCAAACAAAGCAAUGAGACUAGAGCUCUGGCCUCUGCAUUGCAGAAGGGAGUGGUGCCUGUCGACUGGCUACGCUAUACCGUUCCAAAAGACGUAACGGUUAUGGAUUGGGUACUCGAUUUCAGUGAAAGAGUUAAACAGCUGGCAAGGAUUGGAGCUAGCGAUAAUCUUAAGCGCGAGGAGGUAUGGCUUGGUGGAACAUUCUCACCAGAAGCAUAUGUAACAGCCACACGACAGCAAGUGGCUCAAGCGAACACUUGGUCGCUUGAACAACUACAUUUACAUGUGACAAUCGGAAGAACUGAUCGAUUGGACGUUGAUUCGGGUGGAAAGACGGUUGUCUCCACUCUGCACGAGUGUGCUCUUGCAGGAAUGGAACUACGAGGAGCUGAAAGCAGCGGAGGAAACGCGCUGCGUCUGUCAGAUGAAGUGAAGACAUCUUGCGAUUGUGUGGAAUUCUCAUGGAAACAGGAAUCGCCGGAAGGUGUUCGACUACCCUUAUAUCUCUAUGGUGAUCGUCGCCAGCUUGUUACAUCGCUUGCCUUUGCAGUAUCUCCUGCUACAGCAUUCUAUGAGAGAGGAGUCGCCCUUGUUGCUAAUGCAGCUCUUAGCUAA